AAAUUAAAUGAAUGUAAAAGAUGUUUUGUGUUACGUCAACAGACAAAAGAGUUCUAAUGGAUGCAUGAAAUGUAUAACCCCACGAUCAAACUCGUGAAUAACGCAACACAAAUAUUUUCUUCUGCUGGUAUGAGACAGAGAGAGACAUUUUUUUUAACAGACAAUUUUUUAAUAAAGAAAUAACAUUUAAUCGAGGCUCCUUGGUUUUCCCUCUGAAAAAUGACCCUGACUUUAGAAUAAUGAUGCACAGUCAUGCCAUAUUAUAAUGACACCAUCAGCAUUGUCUUUUAUUUUACCCACUAUACUGGUUUUACUUGAUGACAACUGUGCCCUGGAUUUCAAUAGACUCUUUCUCUAUGAAGAACAGAACAUAAAAGGGUGUAACAGUGGUAAUUCAAAAGAAGGAGUGGCAAUGUCCUCAAAUGCAUGGAGCAACAGGUUAGUUUUUUUUAAAAUCAUCAUCAGGUAGUAAUUUGUGGAUUGUUAGUAUUUUUAAAUAAUCAUAACUCCCCCAAUGAAGAUAGAUUUUAUAACAUCUGUACUGUAUUAUUUUGUCAAUCAAUAUGUUGUCUAACAACAUCCAGUUAUGAGAUACGUAUAGCAAAUUUCAAGGAAAUCUCUCCAAUAGAACCUUAGAGUCGUGCUACAGGAUAAGUUGGGGAAAUGUGUAACAUUUGGAAAAGUUUUUAACUGAAAGUACUUUGGAGAUCAGAUGAGGUGAAGCCUUUUACCGUUAUAAUUAGAAAUGGGUUUUAUCAGCAGUGUCCCGUCACUGUUUUAACAGUGGAUGUCUUGAUUGUUGGUCUGCUCGCAACCUAGUGGUGGAGGUUAAUUAUCUGAGCACUCACUGGGGCGUGGCCCAUAAAACAUGGGUGCCAAUGAUGCUUGGCUCCUUGGGUACAUCUGGGAAGUUGUUGUUGUAAAUGAGCUACACAAAUUGGAGGACUGAGACUGUUGAGAACUCUCUAAAUGAACCAGAGAAUCUGCCCUUUAACUGACAGUGGUGCCAAUGAAAAGCACACCCUUAAAUGUGAUGAUUUAUCAUCUAAUGCUCUCAUAUAAAGGUGUUACCCGUUUCUCUGAACAUAUACAGGGCCUCAGUACCUCAUAACGUACCUACUCUUUUAAUUUUUCUAUUUGGUUAAUCUGUUAAUUCUAAUUGACUGAAAAUAGCUGGUAAACAGAAACCACCAGGUGGCUUGUGAAAUCACCAAAGGAUCAAUAUCUUCAUCAAGAAAUUUAAAGAGAUAGCACAGUAGCCUAAAUAUUUAAAUACUCUUCACCCAAUAUAAUACAUGAUAAUGUAUUUGUUAAAUUGAAAUAAAUGCUGUUUUUAAUAUAAAUCGACAAAUUAACUACUUAUAAAAGGCAUCCAACAAAUGUAGUGGCGUAAAAAGCACAAUAUCUCUUUUGGAUUGUACAGUAGUGGAGUAGAAGUGUAAACAAGCAAACAUUUUUAAUUCUUAAAUACAGGUAUCCGAAAACUAGACAUAAAUAUACUUAUGUAACUAACUUUAACUAACUAACUUUACUCCAGUUUAUAAACUGGAGUAAAUAUACUUAGUUACUUCCACCAAUGUAUGUAACACAGCCUACAUUGUUUGUCCUUUUAUAAAACACUGUGUUCAGACUCUGGUCAUAAAAAAAAGUUGGUGGUAAUUAACAAGACAAAAGAAAGACACACACAUACCUGGGUGUGGGUGUGGGUCUGGGGCACAAUUACUUGAUGAGUAAUUUAAUGUCUGAUUUUUCAAUGGCCUAUUAUUGAGGUAAAAAUAGAGAAGGCCAGUGGCGUCAAUUCAACAACAGCAGGUGGGGCAACGUUGUGUCAAAACCCAGCACUGUCAACAACAAAACUCAAACUGCAUUUUCUGUUUAUCAUCUAUAAAUUUGGCGACUUCCACAAUACACAUACACAAAAAAUACAUGAUCACCUGUAACAAAGACAACAGAAAAAUCCCCCUCUCAAUGAAACCUCCCUGAAUAAGUAAAGGUAAAAAAAGAAAGAAAAAUGAGUACCAAAUUGAAAGGCUAGUGCUCUAGCAAAAAGGUUAAGUUCCUUAAAUGUAAAUCCAGUCAAAAUUUGGCAGCACCACCAGCGCCCCACUAGAUACAACUGUUAAUUGUUGCCAACCCCACUGGCACCUCACUGAACAACAAAACAAGAGAACUUUAAAACAAAAGCAGAGAUAAUGAGGUGUUACACAUACAUGCCUAUGCACAGUAUGUCAGUUUCCACCCAUCAGAACAAUGUGCAACACGAUGACAUCAACGUUGGUUUUUGCAUCAAGAACAUUCUUGUCUUGUUUUUCUUUCGUCACAAGUUCGGUGAUGCAUUCAAUAAGUCAACAAACACUCUGGAGACCAACUGGGUGAAAAGUAUGUAAGACGUCAAUUCACCGUCUUUGUCUUUCACUGUUGAUGUUCAGGUGGCAACGUUAUAGAGUUCAAAAUGAAAGUUUUCAUGUUUUCAUUUUAAACAUAUUUGCAACUUCAAUUACAGACUUCAAAAAACUUCUUGUAGUUCAAAACUGAAGUACUGAUCAUGGCUCAAUUUUACUCAAUGCUGUAAAAGCUACAAGGUUUAUUCAAAUCUUGAGCAUCAACUUUAGAACAUGGGGCACAAACUCUAUUGAGUGAGCUACCAGGGCACCUGUCUUCAUUCACUAUCAGCAUCACCGGUUAUCAUGUUUCUUCAUUCAGCCCACCGGAUGAUUAGAUGAUCAAACACAUGGUUGCUGACAGUAAAUGAAGACUAGACGGGACUUUUACAUUUCCAUUAUUACAUUAUUAUGAAGAGGUAAGUCUGUAGGGUGUCCUAGUAGCUCACCUGGUAAAUGUUCAGGCUUGAGAAGUUGUCAUUUGGAUGUCUGUAAUCAAAGCUGAAAAGAAGUCUAAUGUUGAGAAAACAUUAUUUUUGCAUCCCGUUUAGGUGUCAGUCAACUGGACAUCAAUAAUGAACGAUGAAAGUUCCCAACAGCUUUUACAGUCCACCAACAUUUAAUAUGCUUUUUGUUGUUGAUUGCUGACAACAGAACAAGAGAGAAAAAACUGCAUUGUAGACAUUUUCAGGGAGCAGAAAAGAUUUUUUUUUAAAAAGUAUUCAAGAAAAAAAACGUAACUUACUUAUACUUAACUUAAUAUUCCUUUAAGUGCACAUCAGGUCACAAGCAAACAUUGCUAGAAAUAAUAGAGUGUGGAAAGGUGUGUGACAUGAUUACAGGUUUAUUUCCCCUAGUGACAAUGGAGGAGGUGCACGUCAGAACUGUCACAAAUAAAAAAUGGAAACACACCUAAUCCCUGACGUUUUUCGGAAUGUGUCUGGCGCAAAUAUUUUCGACACCUGUACAGUAUAUAAAGAGCAGCUGUUCUGGUAAGGUGUAGUAUCUCUAUCAAGGACAACUAAUAUCUGACCUGUUCAUCAUGAUGAAGCUGAUCCUUUCUCUGACUCUCAUCUGGGCACUCUCCAGCACAGGUAAGUCUAUUUACUCUUUAAACUUUUUUACUCACUUUAAAAACUGUUGUUUUUAACUGAUGAUAUAUCAGAUAUCAGUUUUCAUCAGAAGAAAUAGUUUUCAGCCUUUUCAUGCGAUCAGAGAACUUCAGACAUUUGGUUCGACAUUUGAGAUGUGAUCAUACUUUAACCGUUUUUCCCCUUAUUCCAGCUGGAGCACUUGUGUGUCAAACCUGCACCAAUACACAGUGUUCAACCCAGGCAGCUGUGACAUGUACUACAGAGACGAUGUGUAUAACAGCUAAUAUUCAAGCCACUUCAUCUGGAGUGACGGUGCCACAGAUCUUCAAGGGAUGUGCAUCUCCCUCACUGUGUCCAGCCACAGGCUCUCAGACAUUUUCAGUCAACCUGGGUGCUUCCAGUGCAGUUACAUCUGCUGAGUGCUGCAACACAGAUAACUGUAACACAGCAACUUUACCUGGUUCUCCUGCGACUCCGACAGCCAACAGCCUACAGUGUUUCUCUUGUACCAACCAACUAUGCAACACUCCGUUGACAUGCAGGGGAAACGAGGACCGAUGCUUUCAAGCGAGUUUGACAAUUUCAGGAACCACUUCUCCAACCUUUGGCUGUACAUCUUCAAACAUCUGUGCUGCUGCUCCAGUCCUGGGUAGCCUACCAUUCAUGGAAAGUGUUGGGACACUCAACAGUGGCCCAGCCUGCUGUGGGACCAGUUUGUGUAAUACUGUCAUGGCAACAACAACAACUGUGGCCCCCACAACCACAACAACUGCGGCCCCCACAACCACCACAACUGAGGCCCCCACAACCACCACAACUGAGGCCCCCACAACCACCACAACUGAGGCCCCCACAACCACCACAACUGAGGCCCCCACAACCACAACAACUGCUGCCAGUGAUGCCUACUGUGUCAGAUUAGGUAUGAUCCAUCUUCUCCUUGGACUCCUUAUCUUUACCCUGUAUUAGAACACAGGCUAACAGGGACACUCCACCUAUGACGCCACCAGGACUCGUGAUGCCGUGUUUGGCAGUUGGUGAACAUAGUGGGGAAACUGUCCAUCUCCUUUGUCCCGGUCGUCUGGUAAACUAUCUUAUGUCACAGUAUGCAUCUUACAAGGGACGAUCCAAAAUUAGCUGUGUGGUGAAUAAUGACGAUGAUUUCUCAGCACUGAGCAUUUAUCUGAAGUGAAGCACACGCCUCAACAAUUGUGUAACUGCAAUGCAUGUGGCUGUUGUCACAUUUAAUGUAUUCACAAGAAUUUAUCCUUUCUUUAAUCAUAUUUUAUUUAAAUAUUCUCAUUAAUAAUGUACAUCUUUUGCAUUGUUUUCUUUGAUUCAUCAUGUUCCUCUAAGUGAUGAAUCCAAGGGCAGUAUUUAAUGGAAAGUCUACUGUAUUGUUUAUUCUAUCCUGUUUUAAGCUUUUAUCAUAAAUGAGACAGCGGCAGUUGUGUUCCAAAAAGACAAAGAAAUAAAGAACCAAUGACGUGUCAAGCUAUUUUCACUGAGAGAUUUACAUCAUAAGGUUUUUUUUUAUACUAUUGAUCUAUACUAAAAUAAAAACGUACAAGGAGUUAUUAUCUCAGUCAUUUCUGAUGCUGCUUAUGGUUCAUUAGAAUGGGCUAUUUUUAAACAAAACAGCAAAACUGAACAAAGCCCCAAUUACAAACUGAUAAUAUUACCAGCCCAUAUAAAGCCCAAGCCCAGGCUGGCUAACAAGUUCAUAGUCAAUGAAACUGUCAUAAGCACCUGAGUCUAUCAGAACUUGAACAGGCAAGG